UUAAGUCUCGAGAAAAGGAAAAAAAGUCAGAAAACAUCUGCGCGUCUCAAGUUGGUUUUAUGACCCAAAGAAGAAAAAGAAAAGAAGAAUCGUGGAUAAAAGUCUUCAGUGUUGAAGACAAUCUUGAUCUUUUUCCUGUCUUUUUGAGCGUUUUUAUACUUUUUACAAGUGGGUCAGACUUUGGGUCGGUUUGACUCACUGUGUGUGUGUGGAGGAUGACACCGGGGUGUGCGGACGCCUUAAGGCGGACUCGCUGCUCGGCGGACGGCCACGCAGACCUCUGACAGUCCGCAUCUGAACCAGAACCAGAACCCGCAGGACGGGGCCUGUUUGCUGGAACUGGGUCCAGGAUGUCCUCCGAGCUGGUGGUGGGUCUCCUCUUUAGGGUUCUGCUGCCCCUCAGCUUGACUGCAGCUGCUUUGCUGCGUUUUAAUGGCUUCUCGUUGGUUUACGUCCUCCUGCUGCUUCUACUACCCCUGCUGCCGGAACCCAGCAACUCCCUGGGGGCAGGUAACACAAGUCGCUGUGUGACAGCCGUUUGUGUGUCCAGUUUCCUCUUCCUGUUACUGCAGACGUUCUUUCAGCUGACCACGACAACGCUACAACCUGAGUACAACUGCACGUCCUGGCAGAAAGCGCUGAGUCAGCUGGGAUUAGUCAGCCUUACAGGAAGUGAUGUAGCCUCCGCUGUGCGACACAUCCUUCCAGAUGUCGGCGUGCUGGUCAUUGGCCUGGUGACAUGGAGGCUCAGCUUGAGAUUGACCCCUGAAACACACACGCAGCAGCAGGCUCCUCAAGAUGAUGUGGUUUGCCAUGAGGAAGAAGGAACCAAAAAGAAUCGAAUACUGGCUGAACUGGAAGUAUUGGUCUGCAAAACCAGGAUGAUGCUCGCAAACAUGAUGACCACUGGAGGGAAAGUUCUGCUGACAGUUUUGCUCGGACUCACAGGUAUCGUGCUUCCGUCCCUCUCCUCCCUUCCCUACCUGCUGUGUUUCCAGGUGAUUUGCACCUGGUGGGCGAGAUCUGGUUGGGUCCCGCCCCUCCUCUUCAGGUGUCUGUCUGUGAUGUCACUGAUCUACUCCUCCUGCCACUUCCUACUCGUCUACUCCUACCAGCUGCCGUCACUGCAGGAGGCGUGGCUUCCCAACCGCACCUCUGCAAGUGUUUUUGGCAUGGUGCCUCUGGUGUCGGUGGACUGCACUGCCCCCUGGAGGAUGCAAGUGAACCCAGACCUCAGUUGGUUUCAUUUUGUCAGCCCUCUGAUGUUGCUGCUGCUCUUCCACACAGUUGCUAGUCUGUGGAGAAACCAGCUGAUAAACGGCGAAGGGGCACGGAGCGCAGACAAGGAUGAAUCGGCGGACCCCGGCAGCUGUGACAUGGUCACCACCACGAGCUUUGUUAGCGAUGAGGUCAGCAGUGACAUCACGGCAGAGAGGCGGAGAGAGCUGUGGAGGGAAGCUCACAAUGGGCGGGACAACAAAGAUGUUCUGGAUAUUUCUACCAACGAUAGCCUUUCUGAGUCUUUGGCCCCGCCCACACAGAGCACAGCGCUGGAGUUGGACACGCCUCACUACUCCCUCAGCCAAUCAGACACAUUGGAGAUGUGCGUCUUUGAAGGCGACGCUGACGCAUGGGAGGAGGAGCCAGAAGUACCGGGAGUGGGUGUGGCUUCCAUGGCAUUUGGCUUCCUUCUCAAGCAGAGUUACAUCUGCGCCCUGAUCGCCAUGAUGGCGUGGUCCAUCACAUACGUGUCGUGGAUGACGUGUGUGUUGCUGCUCUGGUCGUGCGCGCUGUGGAUGAUGCGGGAGCGACGCCGUUAUACGCUCAUGUCGUCACCGUGGCUGGUUGCCUAUGGCAACCUGUUGCUUAUCCUGCAGUACAUCUAUAGUUUCGCCGCCGUCCCGGAAGUUCCUGGACUGUUCCCGAAAAAAGAUGAUCCAUGUAGGGAGCUCGCUUCCAAGGUGGUGUGUUUACUGACCUUCUGGCUGCUUCUGCGUCAAGCGCUCACAGAGAAGAAAGACACACAGAUGCAGUCCCAAUUGUCCGCCAUCACCGUUCAUAUCAAAGAGGAUCAGAAGGUGGAACAAGAGAAGAUACAAGAGAUUUCCUAUGAGAAGGUGCUUCUGUUGAGCGGAGGAGUUCAGAUGGAGGCUCUGGUGGCCGUGGUGACCAGGAUGUUUGUCAAAUACUGGAUCUACGUCUGUGGAACAAUGUUCUUCUUUGUUAGUUUUGAAGGCAAAAUCGUCCUCUACAAGGUCAUUUACAUGGUGAUGUUCCUGUGCUGUGUCGCGCUUUAUCAGCUGAAUUAUGAAAAAUGGAGGGCUUUGUUGCGAGGCUUCUGGGUAGCCGUGGUGGUUUACUCCAUGUUGGUCCUCAUUCUGGUUUACACAUUCCAGUUCCCCUCGUCUCUCCACACCUGGAGCUACUACACUGGACUCAGCACUCACAGGUUGGAGGAUUUGGGUUUGGAGAAAUUCUCUGUUCCGGUUCUCUUCACCAGGAUCUUCAUUCCCACAGCUUUCCUAUUGGUGUGCAUCGUACACCUGCACUACUUCCAUGAGCCCUUCCUCCAGCUGACUGAUCUCAAAACAGUGGUGGACACGCACAACAGCACCAUCACCAGGUUGGUCCAUAGUGAGGGCAGCCUUGUGGAUCUGUCAGUGGAAGCUUCUCAGCACCCUCUAGUGGAAGACGAAGGAGAAGUCCUGGUGGACAAAGAAGAGGAGGAGAUUGACGAGAAGUGGAGAUCAGAAGAAGAAGAAGAGUACCCCUCCAUGUAUGAGGAGGACACCCUGUCUGACCAUAUUACAGUGUUGGUGUCCUGGAGGCUGGUCGUGGACCGCUUGUCUGUGUUGUUCCUACGCCUCCUCCUGUCUCUGCAGCGUCUGCAGCGUCUCCUGUGGUGGCUCCUAGAACUUCAUAUCGUGAAAAUUGUCUCCUCCUACAUGAUUUGGAUCUCCGUAAAGGAGGUGUGCAUGUUCAACCUACUGUUUGUGGUGUGUGUGGGAGUGGCCCUGCCCUGCAGGACACGGCGCCCCCUGCUGUCUGGGAUGUGUACAGUGUGGACUUGUGUGGUUACGGUUUGUAAAAUGUUGUACCAGCUCAACGUUGUCCAGCCCAACACCUGCAACUGCAGCAUGCCGAGUAACUCCUCGACCAACAUGUCUCGCUCGGCGUUGUACUCCGGUCCAAUCGACCCUGCCCAGUGGGUUGGCCUCCGCAAAUCUGAAGGAAAACUGCUCGAUUAUCUGAGGUACAACCUGACGAUGCUCGCGCUUUUAGCCUUUGAAGUAACGGUUUACAGACACCAGGAGCUCUACCGUCUCCGCUGCAACAAAGUACCGCCUCCAACGAGAACAUUGUUCCAUGACAUCACCAGGCGUCACUUGGAUGAAAACAUGCUAAGCUGCGCCAAAUAUUUCCUCAAUUAUUUCUUUUACAAGUUUGGCCUGGAGACCUGCUUCCUGUUGGCAGUUAACGUGAUUGGCCAGCGGAUGGAUCUGUUCGCUGUAGGCCACGCGCUCGGGCUUAUUAGUGUCCUAUCAAGGCGCAGCAGGAAGCGGAUCAGCGCGGUUUGGCCAAAGUACUGCUACUUCCUGUCAUCGCUCCUAUGCUUCCAGUAUCUGCUGUGCAUUGGGUUCCCUCCUGCUGCCUGCAAAGAUUAUCCGUGGCGACCACCGACAUCCAAUAUGGACUCCAACGUGGUGAAAUGGCUCUUCCUCCCAGAUCAUCUGACUCCACCAAACCCGCUCUUCCUUCUCUAUGACUUCCUGCUUCUACUGGGCGCUUCGUUGCAGCUUCAGGUGUUUGAGGACGAACUUGAUGCCGGUGUCCAGACGUUAGCGGGGGACAACGCCGAGCUUGACGCAGAAGACGGACAGGUCUGGGAUCCAGUCAUGCGGCUCCGCCUCAGCACCGUACCUGACUUCAUGCUGUGCAGGUCCUACCUCGACAUGAUGAAGAUUAUUAUUUUUUGCUACAUGUUCUGGUUUGUCCUCACAAUCAUCUUCAUCACUGGUACCACGAGGAUCAGCAUCUUCUGCAUGGGUUACCUUGUGGCGUGUUUCUAUUUUCUAUUGGUGGGCGGAGACUUGCUACUGAAACCGGUCAGCUCCAUACUGGUUUACUGGGACUGUCUGAUCGGCUACAACAUUUUUGUCAUCACGAUGAAGAACAUCCUGUCUGUCUUAGCAUGCGGUUUCAUCAAGUCGCUGGUUGUCAACCACUGCUGGCUGGUCCAGCUCUUCAGCCUGGCGUGCACCAUCCGAGGAUACACCAAACCGGAGCAGCAGAGCAGUAAACAAUGUGACUUGCCAAGUGACGAGGCGGGGAUCAUCUGGGAUGGCGUGUGUUUCUGCUUCCUGUUGCUGCAGCGAAGGGUCUUCAGGAGUCACUACUUCCUCUAUGUGGUCCUGGACCUGCAAAACACGCAACUGCUGGCCUCCAGGGGGGCGGAGCUCUUUGAAGCGUCCACUGUGAAAGCGGUGAGAGCGAGACUGGAGGUGGAGAAGAUGUCCAUGGACCUGCUGAAGAGACAGAUGGAGAGGAUUAAAUCUCGCCAGCAGAAGUUCCGUAGAGGAAAAGAGAAAUUGCUGAGUUUGACCCAAAAGAGCAUCCAUGGUGACGCACAGGAAAAGACAAAAGGGCGGCAUCAGGGUGAUUGGUGGAGACCCUGGGUGAACCACGCCUCCAUGGUGAGGAGCGGCGACUACUUCCUGUUUGAGAGCGACAGUGAGGAGGAGGAAGAAGACAAAAAGGAGCAGGUCGUGGAGGAAGAGGAACCUCCUGAGAAAUCUGCUUUUCAGUUUGUCUAUCACGCCUGGAUAACUGACUCCAGAACAGCGCUAAGAGCUCGUCACAGCCAAAAGAAACUGUGGAAGAAGAACUCGUUUGAAGAACGGAAGGGAGAGAAGACAGCCGGUGAGGAGGAACUUGACGGGAUUUGAAUCUAUUUAUUUAUAGAACGGUGAUUUAAUCGUGAAAUUGUGACUUCAGCUUGUGGUUCUACUGAGGUGACGGAAGAGUCGGAGGAAGAUGGAGAAGAAGACAGGGAGGAUGGACCCGACACCAUCCUGCAUCGGGUCUCCAGCAUUCUUCGCUUUUGCUGGGUUCUGUUGUCGGCUCUUCUGGACUCCUUGACCGCUUGGCUCUGUGGUUUGUGUCGAGAACACGUCGACAUCUCCACCGUCCUCCGCAUCGAGCGCUGCAUGUUGACUCAGCAGGCCAAGCAGGGUCAUGUACCGACCAGAGAGGCUAUUCAUGUCUACUACCAGGAACAGAUCAUGAGAAGUUCCAGAGAAUCAGGAUUGGACCAUGUGGAAGAGGGGCCUACAGAAGCGAAAGAAGAAGAAUCUACGAGUCUGGAUACAGAUGAAGGUGAAACCCCAGAGUCAGGUGAUCAAGCUCAAGAAGAACCAACAGGGAGUGGACUAGAAUUCGCCUCCAGAGAUGAACCAUCAGCGAUAUCACAAGCUCCAACAGAAGAUGAUUCAACUGUGGGACUUCCAAGAGAAGAUUACCCAGAGUUCCCUGUGGCUACAACCAGCCAGCGCCGGCGAUCUAAGCUUACCAGGAUGCAGAAGGUGUCAUCAUCCUCGUUUUCUUCAUCCUCAGAAGAAGAGGACCACAGCGCCGGAGAACCAAACCAAGAAGAUGCCUCCCUCCCCCACGUGUGCCCCCCUUCCUAUAGCUUCGCUCUCGGCUUGGAUAUGCAGGACCAAGAAGUAGAGCAAGACCCUCCGAAGAAGAACCGGGGGGCAAGAUUAGGAUUAAAACGGAGGCGGCCGUUAUUUGAGAAGGCUGACUUCCUGUCCGGUUGUACCUCCGCUUCCUGUCCGAUGGCAUCUCGUCCUCAGGAGCUGACAGCGAGUGAGCUGCUGAGGAACAGGACUUUCCACAAUGACGAUUUGGAGGCGUCAGAUGGUUUCUAUAGCAACCAACCUCAGCUGCUACAGCUAUGUUACGCCGUCUAUAACAUUGUAGCUGCUAGGUCAGAAACGGUGUGCUACCUGGUCAUCGUCUUGAACCACAUGGUGUCUGCCAGCUGUCUCACUUUAGUUCUUCCUGUUCUGGUGUUCCUGUGGGCCACUCUGUCCGUUCCUCGACCUAGUAAGACCUUCUGGAUGACGGCCAUCAUCUACACUGAGGUCACCAUUGUCAUCAAGUAUUUCUUCCAGUUUGGCUUCUUCCCAUUCAACCAGAAACUAGAGGUGGAUCGCUCCAAACCCUUCCACCCACCUAACAUCCUGGGGGUGGAGAAGAAGGAAGGUUAUGUCCUCUAUGACCUACUGCAACUGCUUGCUUUAUUCUACCACCGGGCCAUACUGAAGUGCCAUGGACUCUGGGACCAGACUGCUGCUACUGAUGCUCAACAUCAUGAUGACAACCAGUCAGAAUUAAGUCCAAGUUCCACCCCAACAGACACAGUGCGGUGGCAUGGUGGGAGGCACACCCGUUCCAGUUCCACCCAGCUACGCUCUCCUGCAGGCAGUUUGAGUUCCAUUCAGAAACUCAGCAGGUUUGACCUUCUGCUGGAGAAGCUUACAGAACUUUCAAUCAGAGCAAAGCAGUAUUGUGUUAGCAGAUGUAAGUCUCUCUAUGGUCCAGCGCGUCAGUUCUUCCAAGCUCUCGUCCAACCAGAGUACAGCGCUGUCACAGACGUUUAUGUCCUGAUGUUCCUGGCGGACACCAUAGACUUCAUUAUCAUCGUUUUCGGCUUCUGGGCCUUUGGGAAACACUCCGCAGCCGCCGACAUCACUUCCUCCUUGUCAGAGGACCAAGUUCCUGAAGCAUUCUUGGUGAUGGUUCUUAUCCAGUUUGGUACUAUGGUGAUAGACCGAGCUCUCUAUUUAAGGAAGACCGUUUUGGGAAAGUUGGUCUUCCAGGUGAUUUUGGUCUUAGGGAUUCAUUUCUGGAUGUUCUUCAUCUUGCCGACCGUGACUGAGAGGCGCUUUAAUCAGAACUUGGUGGCUCAGCUGUGGUAUUUCGUCAAAUGUAUUUACUUCGGCUUGUCAGCCUAUCAGAUUCGCUCAGGUUAUCCCACGCGUGUUUUGGGAAAUUUCCUGACCAAGAGUUACAACUACCUCAACCUGUUCCUGUUUCAGGGCUUCCGUUUGGUUCCCUUUCUGACUGAACUUCGAGCCGUGAUGGAUUGGGUGUGGACGGACACCACGUUGUCCUUGUCCUCCUGGAUCUGCGUGGAGGACGUCUAUGCCCACUGUUUUGUCUUAAAGUGUUGGAGGGAGUCUGAAAAGCGAUACCCUCAGCCUCGCGGUCAGAAGAAGAAGCGAGUGGUGAAGUACGGAAUGGGAGGUCUGAUUGUUUUGCUGCUCAUCUGCAUCGUAUGGUUUCCUCUGCUCUUCAUGUCGCUCAUUAAGUCUGUCGCCGGAGUCAUUAACCGACCCUUGGACGUCUCGCUCACCGUCACUCUUGGAGGCUUCCAGCCUAUCUUUACGAUGAGCGCUCAGCAGAAUCAGCUGAAAGACCUCACAGAGGACGACUUCAGAGCCUUCAUCGGUUCCUACAGUUACACACCUAGUGCUUUGCAGUUCCUGGAAGCAUACAGCCAUGAGGAUGUGACGGUGGCCGAACUGCAAGGUAGCAGUAACUCCUUAUGGACCAUCAGUCCUCCUAGCAGGCGCUACCUGAGCCAGGUACUCAACCUGGACCACUUCCCUCUUACGUUAUCCUGGACUGUGCAGAGGAACUUAAGUCUCGGCGCGAAGGCGGAGCUUGCCUCGGGUAAACAUGUGACAUAUCUGGAUGAUCAGACUCGUUUGGAGCUGAUCCAGCUGCUGAAUGGUACCAGAACAUUUCCUGUCGUGAUUCACGGCGUGCUGCCAUCUUUCCUACGAGCUCCCAGCGACUCCAACGCCAAACCCAUUGAACAGCUCUACGCAGAUGGCCUCUAUAAGGACAUUUUGUUGUCCCUGGAGCGAACAGACAACGACAGCCAGGAGAUACAAGAAUGGUGGAUAGUUGACCAACCGGCUUCCAGCCUGGUGCCUUUGGGAGGCGGAGCUUUGACAGAAAAUAACCGGAGAGAGGCGGGGCUCCAGUUAUUUGUGUUCAGCGAUAAAGUCAGCCCACCUAGUUUGGGAUUCCUAGCAGGAUACGGCAUUAUGGGACUGUACGCCUCAGUAGUGUUGGUCAUCGGAAAGUUUGUACGAGAAUUCUUCAGCGGGAUCAGUCACUCCAUCAUGUUUGAGGAGCUGCCCUGCGUUGACCGCAUACUCAAACUCUGCACAGACAUCUUCUUGGUGCGGGAGACAGGUGAGCUGGAACUGGAGGAGGAGCUUUACGCCAAAUUGAUCUUCUUGUAUCGAUCGCCGGAGACUUUGAUCAAGUGGACCAGACGCUGAUCUCAACUGACCUGCUGUGAUGUCAUCCACUGUGAACAUGAUCUAUUUAACUGGACAAAGGGGGGUGGGGGGUAUUUCUGGAGAUGUCCUGGAAUGGAGACUUUACUGGAAUGUUUUCUCCCACCUGCUGGUUGACCACUUAGCAGGUAAGAUUAGGAUUAAAAGGGCUGAUAGUGUUUUAUCAAUAAAUAUAAAAAGGGACACAUCCUGGAAUAACUGGAAUUUUGCAUUCUGAUGAAGUGACAGGAAGUGAAGGAUGAACAUGCACCAAUUAAAAAAAAGAGGGGCAGAGCUACUGUUGACCCCAAAUUCUAAUAGUAUUAUGAAUAAAUUAACAUUUCUCCAAA